AUGGCCCGCGUAUGGACGUUCGGAUAUCAAGCAGACUUCAAGAGUCUAUUCAAGAAGUCGGAGGCUGGGAUUACCGAGUUCGCUCUGGAUUUGCUUGACGACCUGAGAAACAAACUGCUCCAGGAAGAAAGACUCGCACCACUACUUGAAAAGCGCAAGAAAAGAGUUCCUCUCGUUUUUGUUGCCCACUCAAUGGGCGGACUGGUUAUCAAAGAGGUGGGUUCCUGA